CGAAGCUAGUAGCGGUAACUAUUUCUACUCGUUCAAAAGAGUUCCAAAGAUCUAGUAGACUCGAGGGACCUACUUCGAGAGGCUUUGAUAAAAAGUUACGAGAACAGUCCGCCGAUUAUCGAACAGGAGCAAUCAUGCAGGACGACAACCCAGAGGAGAUGGAAACAAAUCAAGCGGAAGCGAUCGAUGAUUCCGGUGACAGCGACCUCGAAAGUGAUGGCGAAGAUACCGACGCGCAACGAGAGACCUCAAAUGCCAGACUGAAGGCUUUCGAACAAUCGAUUGCCGAAAAUCCAUACAAUUACUCCGUGCACGAGGAUUUCAUCAAGUUCUUGGAGAAGGGCGAUGAUCUGGAUAAAUUGCGCGCUGCUCGCGAAGCCAUGGCGAAACUUUUCCCGCUGACCCCACAGCUGUGGCUAACCUGGAUCCGGCAGGAAAUCGAUCUUUGUCUUGACGAAGAGGAAAAACUCAAAGUACUCGAACUCUUCCAAAGAGCCGUGAAGGACUACACGUCGGUCGAUGUGUGGUUGGAAUACUGUCAGUUCGGCAUCGGUCUAUCCGGUGAAGGCAACUUCGAGAGGGCUCGAGCGAUUUUCGAAGAAGCCUGCAAUAAAGUUGGCCUUCACGUUCAGAAGGGGUCGCUCAUCUUCGAAGCUUAUCGAGAAUUCGAGCUCGCCAUCUACGCGACCAUGCCGGACGGAGCCGCCCCGGACGACAAGCUCGCCAAGGAUAAGGAGAAACAACGACGGAAAAUCGUAUCGCUCUUCAAGCGCCAGCUGUCUGUGCCUCUGUUCGACAUGGAGAAAACUCUGGCCGAGCUGAAAGAGUUUGCCGCCCACGAGGCAGAUAGCAAUAUCAUUCUGAUAUAUCAGAAAGCUCUUAAGAAGCUUGAAUCGAUCCAUCCCUUCGAAAUGAAGCUCAACAAUCUUUCGAGUCCGGCCACGUUCGGCGACUACGAGGAGUAUCUCGAGCUCGAGAUCCGAGAAGGCGACGCUGCCAGGAUCCAAAUGCUAUUCGAACGCGCUGUCACCGAUGAUUGCUUACGAGUCGAGCUGUGGGAAAAAUACAAUAAGUACAUGGACCUCACGCUAAAGAUUGAUUCUUUGGCAUUACCUGUUCACGAACGAAGCAUCCGCAACGUUCCUUGGUCGUCCUCAUUGUGGGUUUCGUAUCUGACUUGCUUGGAAAGGAUGUCCGCUCCGACCGAAAAGAUCGAAGCGAUCCUAAAGGACGCUCGUCAGGUGGCUAUUUUGUCAGCGACCGAUGCUCUGAACUUAUGGAUCUUCCAUCUGUCAAACCUCCGGAGGAAGAUUGACUUUAAGGAGCCCAGCAGUGAACUCGUCGAGCAGUUGAGAGAACUCUUCGAAAAGGCUGAAGUCGAGCUGACCGAGUUUACCGACGCCGAUACCGAACAACAUCUCGAAUCUCUCUUCUACUACUGGGCAACGGUCGAAGCGAAUCUUGGGAACACGCAACGAUGGCGGGAGAUCUGGCAAAAAAUCACGCGCCAAGGAGCCUCGAGCCAGGUGAAGACUUGGUUGAGCUACGCGAAUUUCGAGAAGACGUACGGUGAUUUCAAGCAUUACCGCAAGGUUCUCCAACGAGGUCUAUACGCUUCGGCUGACUGGCCCGAACAGAUCGGGGAGCAAUGGGUCCAGGCUGAGCUUCAGGAAGGAACUCUCGACGGUCUGCAAGAAGCUCAAUCCAAGUUCGAAGCCCGCAUGCGUGUCGUCAAUGAGAAGCGUGACAAAGCUGCGACUCGAGAGCUCCUUAAUGCUCAGAGUACGCAGCCGCCGGAGCUCAGCUCCAAGAGAGAGCUCAAGCCUAAGAAGCGCAAAGCGUCCGAGAGCCCUGUCAAGAACGAUUCCGAAGACAAGAAAGGCAAAUGGAAGAACCUAUCCGACGGGGACGGCUUCAAAAUGCCGCUCCCAGUGGGUCCGAAAUCUUCGGAGGGAUCGGGAACUUCGCACAAACCUGCACCAUCCGAUGACGAUCCACUCAGAGAAGCGCAAACCGUUUUUCUGAGCAACCUCGCCUACGAGGUUGAGGAGGAGAAAAUUCGAGAGGUUUUCAAGGACGUCGGCCGUAUCGAGGAACUGCGACUCGUCAGAGACUAUAAGCACCGUUGCAAGGGAUUCGGAUAUUUGGUUUUCGAUGAUCUCAACUCGGUUCAAUCAGCACUGAAGAAAGAUCGUGCGCCGAUAGACGGCAGACCUGUUUUCGUAUCGCGUUGUAACGAGCGUAAACAGUUCGAGUUCUCCCUGGGUUUGGAGAAAAAUAAACUUUUUGUGAAGAAUGUCCCCCUAGACGCUACGAAAGAGGAGUUGCAGGAACUCUUUGCGCGAUGUGGGGCCUUAUCGGAUGUUCGGCUAUGCGUUCUACGAAAUGGCAAGUUCAAAGGUAUGGCUUACAUCGAUUUCGUGGAUGAGCCUUCAGCUUCGGCAGCUGUGGUCAAAUUCGACGGUUUCGAUAUGCGGGGAAAAACAUUGAGCGUGGCCAUCAGCAAUCCUCCUCCCCGUAAGGAGAAAUCUCUGACUCAAGCACCGGAGCGUAAGAGUAAGGAACCGACCAUGAAAACGAGACUUUUCGUCCCGAGGUCGCUCCUGACCAAAGCCGCGACCGACAAAUCGCAUUCCGUGACUGCGGAGACCAAGAAUCUCGGAGCAGCUGCGACGAACGACGAUUUCCGGAACUUGUUCCUCAACAAAUGAAAGUCAGAUUCAUCCGUGUACUUUAAUUGUUCGGUAUCAUCGACGAAAAUGUUACGAUUCCUAGGACAUUGUACAUAGGACUCCCCGAACCAGAGAGGAAUCGAAUAAAAAUAGGUCGAGGGUCACAU